GAGAAAUUAUGCUGCCAGAGAAGGCUAAGCAUUUGAGUGGCGGGAGAGUGAAGAGGCACUCUUUGCGAAGUGCCGACACUAAACCCUAAAUGUACCUGAUGCUGAAGACGACACUUCGAGUAGCAGCGAUAUUGAUGUUGAAGCCAAACAGCCUGUCGAUGAGGAUGAUCCACGGCUGCCCAAGGGGAUAAGUAAAAUGGAGAGACUCCCUGAUAAGUAUGAAGGCACAGCUGAACGAACACCGCGGCGAAAAAGGGCGAAGGUAAAACAGAUUCAAAAGCAGAACAAAGGAAUUACGAUGUUGAAUUACUUUCAUGAUGUGCAGAAAAACGAUGCCAUUGCGAUCGAGGCAGCUGAAGAAGGAGGUAGCAGAACUAGCUCGAAUAAAGAACACGAUGAAGAAGCAGCAGAUGGAGACACACACUCUAGGUGAUAAGUGUACAUGCU